AUGCCUAAGGCGAAAGAGACGAGUUCGGAAGAUGACAUGCAACGAGGCGAUGACUACGUCGGGGUUAUCUUACACGAUCUAUAUCUUCACACAUAUCCUAUCACCGGCCCCGAGGACAGAAUAGCCCCCGCGGUGAUGCUGAAGGGCCUCAUUCCAAAUGCCAAGAGCAAGCGGUCCUCCAGCAGCCAGCGGAGCGUGCGGCCUGCUCCAGACGUCGCGAAUCUGCGGUCCCUGAGCACGUUACUCAUGACCCGACUCCGCCAUGCCCGGGAUGAGCAUGUGCGAGGCGGCCUCACGGGCGGAUUCUGGUACCUGUGUGUGCACAGCGGCGAAAAACAAUUCCUGAAAGAAUUCAUACCACACGCGCGGGGCAAAAUGGAUAUACCCGAGACCCAUAUGUACACCGACUUGCAUUUCCGGGCCUUAGGGAUGGAGCCGGGCCAAUCGCCUAGCUUCGACUUCAAGGCUGGCCAUGAACAGGUCUGCUCUUGGAAGCGAUACGUCGACGUGGCAAACGCCGUCGACUGGAAUCUCCUGACAAUCCUACUCCACUCGAGUCGGUUUCGCGAGUUGGUGCGCGAUCUCGAUGAGGAUCAAUGGGCUACACUCCUCGAAGCGCUGGAGGAGCGGAACAUCUCGAUAAAGCCGGCUGGAUACGCAUGUUUCCCCGAGUGGCGCGAUACGUUCAGGACCGCACUGCCGGGACAAGACGUGCUCUCAGACGACGGCGUCGACGGAGAAUCGAUCGAGCCGCUGCCAACCAAGCGGCCGUACACGUACGCGCCCACAUCCUGGGUGCGGUCCGGAGCCGAGAAGAACAUGGAGAUCCUGCCCGCUCCCCGAGAAUGGAAAUGCCUGAGCUGCUCGCGGGGGGAGUGCCACUGCCCGUUGAAAUUCUACAAUCCGGUCAGAGUCGAGCUGUUCGCAGUACCGAGCGAUAAUUGGGUACGCAAAUAUUCCACGGGCGCACGCGCGCUCCACGCGAUCGCCGCCGGAACGGUCAUCGGACACUACACGGGAGAGAUCAUCUCGGAUAAGAACUAUCACACCGGAGAUGUCUACGUGCUAUCAGUGUCGAUGGAAGUAGAAGCUCUCUACGACGUCACCGCUGAGCGAAGAGGAAACCUCGCGAGAUUCAUCAACCACUCCUGCCUGCCAAACUGCAAGAUCACGGUGAUAACUUGGCGAGGCCGCAGGCUGGGCGUCAUCUCGUCGAUAGUCGGCAUCAAGCCGUUCGAGGAGAUCACGUGUAGCUACGGCCCCAGCUAUUGGACGCGGCAGGAAUACCUCUGCGCCGCCGGGGUCCAUAUAGACUCAAAGGAGUACCCCACGUACUUGCAGAAAUGGAGGAGGCGACAGAAGGUUUAUGCCUCGGGGUCUCCUCCUGGUGUGGUCUUUUCAUAG